GCCGCCACACACACGCAACACACAAAGAACAAGAAUGGACAGUACCCAGCCCCUCCUCCUUCCGCGGUCCGACGGCGUCGUCCCCGGCGUCGUGGACUUCCGCGGCGGCCCCGCGUCGCGCGCCUCCACCGGCCGAUGGUCGGCCGCGAUGUUUGUUCUCGGUGUGGAGAUCGCCGAGAGGUUCGCGUACCACGGCGUGUCGGCGAACCUCAUCAGCUACCUGACGGGCCCGCUGGGGGAGUCGACGGCCGGCGCGGCGGCGGCCAUCAACGCGUGGAGCGGCGUCGCCACGAUGCUGCCGCUGCUGGUGGCGUGCGUCGCCGACGCCUGGCUCGGGAGGUUCCGCACCAUCGUGCUCGCCUCCAUCCUCUUCGUCCUGAGCAUGGGCAUGCUGACCCUCUCCUCGUCGCUCCCGGCGUUCCACUCCGACGGCUGCGGCAGCUUCUUCACCACGCACGCGGCCAACUGCACCCCGUCCCCGGUGCAGGUGGCCAUCUUCUACGUCUCCCUCUACCUGGUGGCGCUGGCGGAGGCCGGGCACAAGCCCUGCGCGCAGGCGUUCGGCGCGGACCAGUUCGACCAGGGCCACCGCGAGGAGUCCGUUGCCCGGAGCUCCUUCUUCAACUGGUGGUACUUCGGGAUGUGCUCCGGCACCGCCGCCACCACCGUCAUCUCCAGCUACAUCCAGGACAACAUCGGCUGGGGCCUCGGCUUCGGCAUCCCCUGCCUCGUCAUGGUCGUCGCGCUCGCCAUGUUCCUGCUCGGCACGCGCAGGUACCGCUACUACACCUCCACGCAGUCCAGCCCCUUCGCGCGCCUCGCCAGGGCCUUCGUCGCGCUCCUCACAGGCUCCAAGUCCGGCCACGACGACGCCGAGUUCAGCGCCGAGCACCGGGAGGAGGUCAGCGGCCUGCUGCGGCUCUUCCCCAUCUGGGCGACCUGCAUCAUCUACGCCGUCAUCUUCUCCCAGUCCUCCACGUUCUUCACGAAGCAGGCCGGCACGCUGGACCGGAGGAUCGGGGCCACGUUCCAGGUGCCGCCGGCGGCGCUGCAGACGUUCAUCAGCCUCACCAUCAUGACCUUCAUCCCGGUCUACGACCGGCUCUUCGUCCCCGCCGCGCGCCGGUUCACGCGCCUCUCCUCCGGCAUCACCAUGCUGCAGAGGAUCGGGACCGGCCUCGUCCUCGCGAUGGUGGCCAUGGCCGUGGCCGCGCUCGUCGAGGCGAAGCGGCUCGGCGUGGCGAGGGACGCCGGGCUCGUGGACCAGCCCAAGGUGCCGCUGCCGAUGAGCCUGUGGUGGAUGGUGCCGCAGUACGUGCUGUUCGGCCUCUCCGACGUCUUCGCCAUGAUCGGGCUGCAGGAGUUCUUCUACGACCAGGUCCCCGACGCGCUGCGCAGCAUCGGCCUCGCCUUCUUCCUCAGCAUCUUCGGGGUGGGCCACUUCCUCAGCAGCUUCCUCAUCUCCGCCAUCGACGGCGCCACCCAGAAGAGCGGCGGCGAGAGCUGGUUCGCCAACAACCUCAACCGCGCGCACCUCGACUACUUCUACUGGCUCCUCGCCGGGCUCUGCGCCGUGGAGCUCGUCGCGUUCGUCGUCGUCUCGCGCGUUUAUGUGUACAAGAAGAGGGUAUCUCAUCAUGACAAUAAUGUUGCUGUCAUGUAGAUUACAGAUUUCAUACAUAGAGCUUUUGUAAGGUGUUAGUAAUUCCUUGUGAUGUAGGAGUAUGUAUAGACGUAUAUAGCGUUACACCUACAGAAAUCUGUACCGCCCUCAUGUGUUUCGUGCACAUAUCCAAAUGAAUCAAAUGACCACUUUGUACAAAAA